CGUGUCCAGCAGAAAUCCCCCUGCUAGUCCACAGAUGUAGCUGCAGCUCUGAGAGAGACCGAGCAGCAGGGAGGGGAGGAAGAGUUUGGACGCACUGCGGAGGGGAGUGCAGCCAUGGGGAACGCGCAGGAGAAACCCUCCGGCAGCAGCGGCGGAGGAGGCACGCCGAGACGGGACAACCCGCGGACUCGCGGAGCUCCCGGAAAGGAGGUCGCCAACGGCGCUCCGAGAGAAAACAGCCCGGCAGGUGGGGAAGAGGAGCCGCAGCAGCAGCAGCCGGACAGCUCCGGGGUGGAUAGGAGUUACCUGGAUGCUCCGGCCGGAGCUUUGCCUCCUCACCUGGCCCGGCUGAAGAAUGAGGGGAACUACCUCUUUAAAAACGGCCAGUUUGGAGACGCGCUGGAGAAGUACACCCAGGCUAUAGACGGAUGCUCUGAGGCAGGCAUUGACAGUCCAGAAGAUCUGAGUAUCCUCUACUCCAACAGAGCUGCCUGCCACCUGAAGGACGGGAACAGCGGCGACUGCAUUCAAGACUGCAACAAGGCCUUAGAGCUGCAGCCCUUCUCCCUGAAGCCGUUGCUGCGCAGAGCCAUGGCCCAUGAGUCACUGGAGCGCUACAGGAAGGCCUAUGCGGAUUACAAGACGGUGCUGCAGAUCGACACCGGAGUGCAGGCGGCUCACGACAGCGUCCACAGGAUCACAAAGGUGCUGAUCGAGCAGGACGGGCCCGAGUGGAGAGAAAAGCUUCCCGAGAUUCCCGUCGUCCCGCUGGCCGUCCAGCAGCAGCACAGAGAGAAACCGGUCAGCGUCGAGGUGGCGCAGGCGCGAGCCGCCAGGGCCGCACAGGAGGAAGCCAGAAGAAAAGAGGCUCGCUUCACUUUACUCAAACACGAAGGCAACAGUCUGGUGAAGAAGGGCCUCUUCCAGGAGGCUCUGGAGAAGUACACUGAGUGUCUCUCAGUGAAACCCGAUGAAUGUGCUGUUUACACAAACAGAGCCAUCUGUUUCCUGAAACUGAGUCGGUACGAAGAGGCCAAGCUGGACUGCGACUCGGCGCUGCAGCUGGACCCGGCCAAUAAGAAAGCCUUCUACCGACGGGCGCUGGCCUUCAAGGGACUACAGGAUUACCUGUCGGCCAGCAGCGACCUGCAGGAGGUCCUCCAGCUGGACCCCAAAGUCCACGAGGCCGAGCAGGAGCUGGAGGAGGUGACGAGUUUGCUGAGGCAAAGCUUGAUAAACAGAGCGUGAGGCGGAAGAGCAGAGCGAAUUUUAACGGCACCAACACGGCACCACAUGCUCGGUGAAGGCUGUGUGUAAUGGAUAGAAAUAUUGCACAUUAUACAACAAGCAAAACAACAACAACAAAAAAAACCCCGUUAAGAUUUGAUGAA